AUGCUGCCCAGACUAUUCCUGACGAUUCUACCUGUGUAUUCUGGAAUUUCGCCGACUUCUGAAAAUUCUAAAAAUUCAGAAUAUAGGUUACUAUUCGAAAUGGCCACCACAUCGUCUUCUAAUCCACAACACCAACGACACAACAAUACGUUGUCGUUUUUCGGACAACAACUCAAAAUGGAUACCGAGGAGCAGAUCGCCAUCGUCGUCAACCAAAUCCGCGCGCAUCCGAAUCUGGAGAUUCUCGACUUCCGUGGAAACACGAUCAGCGUGCUGGCUGGAAGACGAAUCGCCGACGCUCUGAGGACGAGAAGAGAGCUGAAAGAGUGCAUUUGGAGUGAUAUGUUCACGGGAAGACUCAAAGACGAGAUCCCAUUGGUUUUGGAUGCGCUCGAGGAGGCUCUCACCGCUUCUGGAUGUCAGCUGACCACGCUGGACCUUUCGGAUAACGCAUUUGGAGCUGGGCUGUCGGAUUCGUUGUCCAAUUUCUUGCAGUCCCCAGCUCUCUACUCCCUGGAAAAUCUGAUUCUCAACAACAAUGGUCUUGGAUUGGCUGGUGAAGUCGUUGGCAAUGCUCUGUGCUCUCUGAUCUCAGCAUCCCAGAAGGCCGGCCGACCGCUGAAACUCAAAAAGUUCGUGUGCGGUCGAAAUCGGCUGGAAGUGGUCUCCACGAUUGCUCUCUCUGACGCCUUCAUCCUAAUGCAGACACUUGAAGAGAUACGUCUUCCCCAGAAUGGAAUUCGCGAGCCAGCGUUUGGUGCAUUGGCUGUCGCGUUGCAGGCGAACAAGAAUCUGCGCAUCAUCGAUCUCAACGACAACAUUUGCGGCACCCAAGGAGCUCUGGAACUCGCUGAAAUCCUCCCGGACCUCCAUCAUUUGGAGAUUCUCGAUCUGGGAGACUGCGUUUGUGAUGACGACGGCGUCGUUGGAAUUCUAAGUGGUCUGGAUCGAAAGAGGGACUGUUUGAAGAAGGUGGUGUUGAGUGGAAACAAUAUCACAGCCGAUAUCAUUGAGGAGAUUGGCGAUUUCUUCAAUUCCGCUGGAAUGGCGCAUGUCAAAGUGGACAUCUCGGUGAACAUGUUCGGUGAGGAUUUCGACGCUGCCAAAGCUCGCUACGGCAAGGGAAACAUUGAUUUCGGAAGACGUGGCGACGAUGAACUUCUGUCUUCAGAUGGCGAGGAAAUGGAGGCGGACGAUGCGAGUAUGGAGGAGGACGCAAUGAAUACAUCGAGGGAUACGAUCAUUGAACGAUCAGCUGAGGAAUCAGACAAGGCUCAACAGAUGCUAAAUGAGCUGGUCACCAAGGGAUUCGGAUGCAUUCGAAUUGGGGAUCCAGUGGAGACGGCUAGCACUGAUAGAGUGUCCUUCUUGGAUAAGGGUCUGAAGUUGGAUACCGCUCAGAGUGCCGAGAAGGUCGUUAAGAUCAUCACCGCCACGAGAUCAAUGAAAACCCUGGAGCUGCGCGGCAACACAUUGGGCAUCGACGCCGGAGUGCUCAUCGCCAGAGCUCUCGAAUCGCAUCCAGAACUCGAGAAGUGCCUGUGGAGUGAUCUGUUCACGGGACGGCUCAAAAACGAGAUUCCACCGGUUCUAGAGGCUCUUGGAAAGGGAAUCAUCGCCGCUGGAGCCAAGAUUCGAGAGCUCGAUCUGUCGGAUAACGCUUUCGGACCGAUUGGAGCCGAUGCGAUUAAGGAAUUGCUCGAGUCGCCCUCCGCGUACACUCUGGAAACGCUGAAACUCAACAACAACGGAUUGGGAAUUGGCGGAAAACAAAUCGCCAAAUCGCUUGCCGAGUGUCUUCGCAAGUCUAUCGCCGUCGGUGGCGAGAAUCGUCUUCGUCUGAAGACGUUCAUCGCCGGACGAAAUCGACUGGAGAAUCCCGGAGCUCAUGCGUUGGCUGCUACAUUCAAGUCGCUGGAAACGGUCGAGUGGUUCGACGUUCGUCAAAACGGAAUCCACGAAGAAGGCAUUCGAGCACUCGUCUCCGCACUCAAACACAACAGAAACCUGCGUCAUUUGUGGUUGGAGGACAAUACCGUACUCCCGAAAGGAGCCAAAGCACUCGCACGAGCUCUCGAAUCAUGGCCGAAGCUGGAAGUGCUGAAUCUGUCGGAUUGUUUGAUUCGCGACGCCGGAUGUAACUAUAUCAUCGAUCAUCUGAAUCCACAACUUCAUCGUCAUCUCAAGAAUGUGUAUUUGUGUGGAAAUGAGCUCACGCCACCCGUUGCGAAGCUCUUGAUUCAGAAAUGGUCCAAAUUCGACGGCUUCAACCCGAAACCCUUCCUCCAUAUCCACACAAACUCGUUCGGCGCCGAGUUCGACGACGUGGCACGUAUGGCACCAGACAAUGUGAAUGUGGGUGAUGAGGAAGAUGAUUUGGGAUCGUUGGAUGGCGAAGAGGAGGAGUACAACUCGAAAUCCUCGGAUUCAGAUGACGCCGAUUUGGAAGAUGCCGCUGAUGACGACGACGACGAUGAGGAGGACGAUGAGGAGAUUCAGAUCGUCCACCCAUCCGAAGAGACCCAGUUGAAGCAAUCGAUCGAUCGCAUCGAUCAGCUGGAUAUCGAUUUCGAGAGUCGCUUCCAAGAGGACACCGCCCGUGUGCUUCUUCAACUAUCGGCACCGCUCAAGGCGUGCGGAAUGAGUUCCAAGGCGAUGGAGAGAGCCCUCGAAGUGGCUGAAAACAUUGUGCGUCGCGUCGAGGCUGUGAAGCGCAAUCCGAUUCCAGCGACCGCUCAACUCGUCAACAAUAUCGUUGCUCAGUGCGCUGGCACUGGUGUCAAGUUGCAGGCCGAGACCGACUGGGGCUACAACGCCGACUCGCAAGUGAUGGGUCGUCUGCUCACGGAGCUCGUCGCACGCGGACACUUCAAUUGGAGCGACAACUCAUUCAGCGAUUCUUUCCAUCUGCCAGUCAGUGAAUCGUGA